CCGAGUUUGUCCAGCUUCGAGAAAGACAAUGACGGAAAGAUCGAGACAGAAAAAUAACAAAUGCGACUGCAGCAUAUUCAAACCCAGGAUUGAAGGAAAAGUGCCAUGUGUCUCAUUAGGGAAAUCUUAUUUGGACAACUGUCUAGAUAUUGAAGGGGAGAUAACUGGAAUAUGUUUUCAAAAAGUUGAUGAGGGAAAAGUAAAACCGGUCAUUGAUGCUGAUGAGCUGUUUAAGGUUGAUUGGCAGCGUGUUCCAAGAACAAGUGCAGUGCCACAUCAGUAUUUGGAACUAGAUUAUCAAAUAGUACCAUCUGAGAAAUGGCAAAUAUUUGCCAAUGUUGUGGCAAAUUUAAGAACUGCUUUGCUUGUUCAGAUGACCCCACAAAAUGAUGUUGCUCCUACUACUCUUUAUGAUGGUUUUCACAGUAAUGUUUGGCGAGGUGGUGGAAAUGAUGAUAAGCGGACAUCAGCACAUUUGUAUAGCAGGAUCGCAGAUAUACUUUCAAAUGUUAGACAGGCCAGAGAGAUGAAUCCGUUAGAGCUUCAGACUAUACUCCAUUGUAUGUUAGAAGGAUUUAAAGUCAUGGGAGAGCAUAUGAUACAAAUCUUUAUAGAUAACAUUCUUAACAUAACUGUUUUUGGUGAGACUGAAACAGUUAGACCACCAGUCAAAGGUUCAUAUGACAAUUCAAUAGACAAUGGAGUCCUUCACUGCUUAGUGUAUGGUAACCAUGAGGAUCAACUGGAAAUUGAAGACGGACAUUCUCAAAAUGGUCGAAAUCGCAGUAGAAUACGUCAUAAAGUAUUGUGUCCGAAAAUUUGUACUGAGAGAUUCCUAUCCAGAUCAUGCUCCCCAUCACCUGGAGAGAAUAAUGUUUUGGCUGAAAUAGAAAACACACAAAAUCGUGAUCCAGAUCAAGUGAUUAAUAUGGUUUGUUUGGUUCAACAUCCAAGUAACUACCUCGUCAAGUCUUCAUGUUUACAAAACUAUGUUCAGUCAUACAUACCAGAUCUUGUUUUUUUAAGAAAUACUAUUGGGGGAAGAGUAGCCAAAAUUGUAGUAGAAAUAUCUGCCUUUGAUAAGUAUGGAUCUUAUAUAUCUUUUGAAACACAUUUGAAACAAUCUACUGAGCAGUGUUUUCAGAAGUGUUUGGCAGGUCUGUCCAAUAACCAGAAAGAAAUAGCAGGACUUGUUGUAGUGCCUGAUGGAAUGAAACUCAUGGUGGUUCAUAGAGUUAAAAAGACAGAUAAUAUGUUUUCUUAUGAAGUGAAAGAAACAGAACUUGUCAUAUGGAAUGAAACAAAUAAACUGUUUGCAAUUAUGUUGAAAUUGAUAGAUUGUAGUUAGUGAAUAUUAAGGUGGUACAUAACACUAGAGGGAGAGGUAAAAAUCAGCUGAACAUUUUAAUCACGUUCUAUUGUUCAGGAAAUAUAAAGCUUCUCAAUGAUCAAAAUUAGUGUUUGUCAAACUGCUAUAUAUCCAAUGAAAUAUUUCUGAUAAA